AUGUUGGACAUAAACUUGUCAUUGCUCCACCCUCCAGAAUCCGUGGAAAAACCUGAAGAAGCAGAGGAAAUUCCAUAUCAGCGGCACUCACUGGAAGCGCUGUUCGGAAGGAAGCGGUUGGGUUGGGUUACCUUGCCCGAAUGGCUCGACAAGGCGAUUUUGGACAUUGUUAAAGGUCAUGAGAAAGAAACGGUUCGAGUGGACACUGGUCGGAUAUAUCAGUCUCUGGGCUCAACGACCGGUUUCAAGGAGAGAGAUGUACCCUCCGGUAAAAUUGCGGUUAAUUUCAUGAACCCCAUAUUCGGUCCAUGCAAAACUGCGGCGAAAACGUUCAAACGUAAUCUACGUGAAAAUCCAGAUAAUAGACCGCACAUCCUUGAGUAUGGCGAUCGCGAAGCUGUGGCUUACCUCGCCGGAUACUUACCGGUGACCUAUGGACCAAUAUAUAAUGUUUUGCAUGAGUUGAGCAUGCGAUUGCCGGAUUUUGAGCCGACGAAUGUGAUGGAUUUUGGAACUGGACCCGGAACGGCGAUGUGGGCAACCAGCGAAGUGUGGGGAAAAAGGGUGAAGAGUUAUUUGGGUAUUGACACCUCGGAGUCGAUGCUACGAAUGGCCGAGAAGUUGUUUUCAAGCGCACCCUAUGCUGAUAGUUUGCAAGCUCAUUUCAGAAGGUACAUCACCUAUGAUCCAAGGCAAGUGCGGUAUAAUCUGGUGAUCAGCGCAUUCGCGUUGGGCGACCUGCCAAAUGACAAUAUCCGAGAAUCGAUCUUAGAGUCGUUAUGGAGUAGAACGGAGGAUAUCCUGGUGCUAGUGGAAAAAGGGAAUCCAGCCGGAUUUAAGACGAUAACUGACGCCAGGAAGAAAAUACUAAGGAAUGCGGAGAGGUGGCAAGCAGAGGUUAUGUCAUCUCCGUCCGCGUCGACGUCAAAUGAACGGGAAGAUGGUGUUCACGUCGCUAGUGAUUCGACGUCAUCGAAAGAAGGCGUCCAUGUUGUCGCACCGAUGCAAGCGAAAAGGGUUCACGGUGUAAAUCACGAAGAUUCGAAAUACUCGUAUGUCGUUUUGAGGAGAGGCACGAGGCCAAAACCGGCGACAUCCGGAUCAUCGGAGAAAUUAUUUGACGAAAAAUCGGUCGAUGCUAACUCGGCCAAAGAGUUUAUCGCCGAUGCUUUUCAUUGGUCGCGUUUGAUCGUUCCGCCCAAGAAGCGUACUGGGCAUGUGGUGAUGGAUUAUUGUUCUAAGACAGGUUAUAUCGAACGAAUGAUAAUUCCAAAGUCGCAGGGAAAGAUUGAGUACCGCGAUGCACGAAAAGCAAUGUGGGGAGACCUGUUCCCGCAUCAACCAAAAAAACCGGCCGAACGUAGAAUCACAGGUGUUGGUGACCCAGAUGAAGGCGAGAAGGGGAGAAUUGAUUUUUCGGAAGACGAUGAUGGCGAUAAUCGGAAGGGGACGCAUAGACACAGAAACUUGAUGAAAAAGAAAAAAAAAAUUCUUAGACUAACGGUAGAUAAUGAGAAUCUGUGUGUGCGUGAAUUGUAG